GGUGACGUCAUGCUACCGGCGCAGGCUGGUGAUGCGGCGUGGCCCGUUGUCUGUGUGCUGCUGAGGGGCCCCGAGGGCGGUGAGGGGCUCCCAGCGGGGGCUGCGCGGGGUGGCAGGGCCUGGACAUGGCGCUGAGGGCCGCCCCGCGGGAAGAUGAAUAAGGGCUGGCUGGAGCUGGAGAGCGACCCGGGCCUCUUCACCCUCUUGGUGGAAGAUUUCGGUGUCAAAGGGGUGCAAGUGGAGGAGAUCUAUGACCUUCAGAGCAAAUGCCAGGGGCCUGUAUAUGGAUUCAUCUUCCUGUUCAAAUGGAUCGAAGAACGCAGGUCCCGCCGCAAGGUUUCUACGUUGGUGGAUGAUACAUCUGUGAUUGAUGAUGAUAUAGUGAAUAACAUGUUCUUUGCCCACCAGCUGAUUCCCAACUCUUGUGCCACUCAUGCCUUGCUGAGCGUGCUCCUGAACUGCAGCAACGUGGACCUGGGGCCCACCCUGAGUCGCAUGAAGGAUUUUACCAAAGGCUUCAGCCCAGAGAGCAAAGGAUAUGCAAUUGGCAAUGCCCCCGAGCUGGCCAAAGCACAUAAUAGCCAUGCCAGGCCAGAGCCACGCCACCUCCCGGAGAAGCAGAAUGGCCUCAGUGCAGUGCGUACUAUGGAGGCAUUCCACUUUGUCAGCUAUGUGCCUAUCACAGGCCGGCUCUUUGAGUUGGAUGGGCUGAAAGUCUACCCUAUUGACCAUGGGCCCUGGGGGGAGGAUGAGGAGUGGACAGAUAAAGCCCGACGGGUCAUCAUGGAGCGUAUCGGCCUUGCCACUGCAGGGGAGCCCUACCAUGACAUACGCUUCAACCUGAUGGCAGUGGUACCUGACCGCAGGAUCAAGUAUGAGGCCAGGCUUCAUGUACUGAAGGUGAACCGACAAACAGUCCUGGAGGCCCUGCAGCAGCUGAUUAGAGUAACACAGCCAGAGCUGAUUCAGACCCACAAGUCUCAAGAGUCACAGCUACCUGAGGAGACCAAGCCAGCCAGCGGCAAGUCCCCCCUCAUGCUGGAGGCAGGCAGGGCCUCUGCGGCCUCUGAGGGCACCCAUACAGAUGGUGCAGAUGAGUUGGCUGGUUCGUGCCUACAAGCUGCUACCCACAGCCCUCCCAGCAAACCCAAGCUGGUGGUAAAGCCUCCAGGGAGCAGCCUCAAUGGGGUUCCCCCUACCCCUACCCCCAUUGUGCAGCGGCUGCCAGCCUUUCUAGACAAUCACAACUAUGCCAAGUCCCCUAUGCAGGAGGAGGAAGACUUGGCGGCAGGUAUGGGCCGCAGUCGAGUUCCAGUUCGUCCACCCCAGCAGUACUCAGAUGAUGAAGAUGACUAUGAGGAUGAUGAGGAUGACGUGCAGAACACCAGCUCUGCCAUCAGAUAUAAGCGGAAGGGGACAGGGAAACCAGGAUCUUUGAGCAGUUCUUCAGAUGGACAGCUGUCAGUACUGCAACCCAACACCAUCAAUGUCUUGGCUGAGAAGCUUCAGGAGUCUCAGAAAGACCUCUCAGUUCCUCUGUCCAUCAAGACUAGCAGUGGGGCUGGGAGUCCAGCUGUGGCUGUGCCUGCACACUCACAGCCCUCACCCACUCCUAGCAAUGAGAGCACAGACACAGCCUCCGAGAUCGGCAGUGCUUUCAACUCACCUCUGCGCUCGCCCAUUCGUUCAGCCAACCCAACACGGCCCUCUAGCCCUGUCACCUCCCACAUCUCUAAGGUGCUUUUUGGAGAAGAUGACAGCCUGCUGCGUGUUGACUGCAUACGCUACAACCGUGCUGUCCGUGACCUGGGUCCUGUCAUCAGCACAGGCCUGCUGCACCUUGCUGAAGAUGGUGUACUGAGUCCCCUGGCACUCACAGAGGGUGGGAAGGGUUCUUCACCUUCCAUCAGACCAAGCCAAGGCAACCAGGGAUCCAGCAGUUCAGAGGAGAAGGAGGUAGUAGAAGGCACAGACAGCAGAGAGAAGACUGGGCUGAGCAGGCACAGUGAGCCCUUGAGUGGGGAGAAGUACUCACCUAAGGAGCUGCUGGCACUGCUAAAGUGUGUGGAGGCUGAGAUUGCAAACUAUGAAGCUUGUCUCAAGGAGGAAGUGGAGAAAAGGAAGAAAUUCAAAAUUGAUGACCAGAGAAGAACCCACAACUAUGACGAGUUUAUCUGUACCUUCAUCUCCAUGCUAGCUCAGGAAGGCAUGCUGGCCAACCUAGUGGAGCAGAAUAUCUCCGUGCGGCGGCGCCAGGGGGUCAGCAUUGGCCGGCUUCACAAGCAGCGGAAGCCUGACCGGCGGAAACGCUCACGCCCCUAUAAGGCCAAGCGUCAGUGAGGACUGCUGGCCCUGAUUCUGCAGCCUGCUCUUGCCGAAAGGCCCUUACUAGGGCCCCUUCCUGCCCCACUUCUCUUUUCCCAGUAUUACUGAAUAGUUCUAGCCAGAGCCUAGGUCCUGGGAUGGGAAUGAGCCAUAUUUCUGGCAUUAUGUUCUGCAGCCUGGCAGGGGACAAGUCAGCCCCAUAGGGCCCAGGACUCAGCAGCUGGAGUUGGAGGGUGCUGUGGCUUCCACAGCUGGCCGUGGAGUGGUAGGACCUGGCCCUGCUGCCUGGGCAGCAGGAUAUAUUUUACCUUUCAGAGAGGUUUAUUUUGGGGGCUCCAACCUGUCUUGCCACUGUAUUAACAUGGCCGGUUUCCUCACUCUGCUUUUUCUCCCAGCAGCUGUCAUCCUUGUAGGGCCAGGUCUUUGUAUCACACCAGAGUCCCAACUGGGGGCCUCAGAGGGCACUGGGCCCUGGUGCUCUAGCCCCAGCCACUAGCCUGUCCCUGUUGUGAAGAAGCCUGGCAUACUCUUCAUUCCUCUUAGAGGAGCGCCAAACUUAGGGACAUUGCUUCUGUGCUGGAAUGGGCAUGGGAUGUCCUAGUGAGACAUGGUCCCACAGCCAUAGUGGAGAUAAGUGUUUGAACUGUUCAGUGACAGGCAAACUGUCCCAGUUCUGGCCAGGCUUGUUGAUGCUGUCACAGCAAAGGCUCUGGGGCUCUUUGCCUUCAGUGUUGUGGCCCUGGCUCUGGGCCUACCUUGGGCUCCUAAUCUCUGACUCGGGCUCAGAGGAGCCUCUGCCUAGCCCCUCAGUAUUACCAUGUCUCCUUUGUCUUGGGGAUAACAGAGACAGGGCUGCUUGUGGGAAGCUGGCACUACUCAGUUUUCUCUGAUAUGCCAGUUUCCUUGGCCUUGUGCAAGGUACUCAGGGUGGGGAACAGCAGGGUCAAGACAGCUAGUUAGAGCUGCCAAGGGAGUAGUGAGCUCAGCACUGCUUCAGCCUCCAGCCCCAAACAUCACCCUGUGCGCUCUGCCAGAUGGCUUUGUAGGUGACCCAAGCAGACUCUUUAUCUCUGCAUAGUGACUAGGUGGGGGUUUGUGGGGUGGGCUGGCAGGUGUGGUAGCCAUGUCAGGCUGAGCACAGUCUAACCCCUCUAGCUCCUAUAAAUAUUGGAUCAGUGAAUAAAUAAAACUCUACUAAGAAACCGU